AUGGCCCAUACACAGAUUUAUUACUCAAACAAGUAUUUCAACAAGCACUACAAGUAUCUCCAUGUCAUGUUGCCCAGAGAACUGUCCAAACAAGUACCCCAAACUCAUCUGAUGUCUGAAGAGGAAUGGAGAAGACUUGGUGUCCAACAGAGUCUAGGCUCGGUUCAUUACAUGAUUCUUGAGCCGGAACCACAUAUUCUUCUGUUUUGA